AGAGAGGGAGAGAGAGAGGGAGAGAGAGGGAGAGAGAGUGGGAGGUGCUGCAUUAGUGCGGUGUAGGCAGGAUGCAGUAACCGCACCAGCAGCAGCCUGAGCUGAGGGACCUAUUGUUUCUCUCACUUUUUCUCUUUUUUCCUCUAUUCACCUACACAAAGCAGGGGAAGAGACUGAAAGAGAAAGAAAGAGAAAGGAACAGGAGGAGCAGAGACAGCCCAGUGGAUUACCCUUUUCCUAGAGGAAUCGCGUUUGUACAAGCAAGAGUGAGGGACAAUAGCAGGCACGCGUUACACCCUCUGCUCAUCUCUAGUGUUUGUAAGUGUGAGCGCGUGUGCAGUGGACUCUGUCUGCCGUGGAUCUAAGUGGCCACACUGAAACCAUGAGGCUGGCACUGCCAGCUGCCUGGUCCCUCAUGGCAGCUCUGCUCUCCUUGGCACUGUUGGAUGUUCAAGCACAGACCAUCGCCAACCACAAACCCACCUACAUCUGGGAAACAGGGCCCUGGGGCAGGUGUAUGGGCAAUGACUGCGGUCCAGGUGGGAGCCAGAGCAGAGCAGUGUGGUGUGCCCACUCUGAGGGCUGGACUACUCUUCAUACCAACUGUCCACAGAGCGAACGGCCUGAUAACCAACAAACCUGUUUCCGUGUCUGUGACUGGCACAAGGAACUGUAUGACUGGCAGCUGGGGGCAUGGAACGAGUGUGUUCCUGUCUCCCUGCGCAACCCUGCAGUAACACGGCCAGCAGUGUGCACACGGGGUGAGGAAGGCAUCCAGACCCGUGAGGUGGCCUGUGUCCAGAAGAGUAACAGUGCACCUGCAGAUGAUACCAUCUGUGAAUACUUUGAGCCCAAGCCGAGGUUGGAGCAGGCCUGUCUCAUUCCAUGCCCACAGGAUUGUGUUGUCUCUGAGUUUUCUCCAUGGAGCUCAUGUUCUAAAACAUGUGGUAUUGGCUUGCAGAACCGAAUAAGGUCUGUCCUAGCUCCACCUCUAUUUGGGGGCUCGGCUUGCCCCAAUCUUACCGAAUUCCAAACCUGUCAAGAAGAAGAAUGUGAGGGUGAGGAGAGUAUGUACAGCCUCAGGGUAGGAUCCUGGGGGUACUGCACUAUGCCCCCAUCACGCCAGGCCAGGCAAGUAGAUGAAGCCCAAUCUGAAGUACCUGACCAACCCAAAAGACCAGAAAGACCUGAUCGAAUCAAACGACCUGACAGACCCAAACGUAAGGAUCGGCCAAAUCGCCUAGAUCGACCCAAACGUAAGGACCAGCCAAAUCGUCAAGACAGACCAAAACGCCCAGAUAGACAAAAACAUCCCGAUAGACCAAAUCGAAAAGACAGACAAAAUCGCCGUGACAGGCCAAAUCAACAAGACAAAAACCAAGCAAGGCAAGAACGACAAGCGAAAAGGCGUAAGAACAAAGAGCUGAAAAGAGCUAAAGGGGAACGAGUGAGGGACAGAGUCCGAGUGAAGGACCCAGAAACUCGAGAGCUCAUUAAGAAGAAGAGGACGAGGAACCGGCAGAAUCGACAGGGUGGAAAGUUCUGGGACCUGCAAGUGGGCUACCAAACCAGGGAUGUGACAUGUGUGCACAAGAAUGGGACCACAGGAGAACUGAGUCUUUGUGAUCAGCAAACCCUUCCAGUUACAUACCAGGCCUGUGUCAUGACCAAGGACUGUGAGGUGACUGAGUGGUCUGAUUGGUCAUCCUGCUCAAAAGAAUGCUACGACCUGAACGGACCUAAUGGUCAGCGUACACGCACUCGCCGCGUUCAGCAGUUCAAUGUGGCCGGAGGAGCCGAGUGUCCCAUUCUGGAAGAAUCUGAGCCAUGUUCUCCUCAGGGCGAUGGAGUUCCACCAUGUGUGGCAUAUACCUGGAAGACGACAGAAUGGAGUGAAUGUAGGGUGGAUGUGCUUCUCAGCCAACAGGACCGCAGAAGGGGAAAUCAGACAGGAUUGUGUGGAGGAGGGAUCCAGAGCAGAGAAGUGUACUGUGUUCAAGUUCCCCCUGACUCCCCAUCCAAUCUCAGCUCGCUUAAGAGCAAAGAAGUAUCCCGGCCCGUAAACAAUGAUCUGUGUUCGGGAAUUACACCCAACACCACUCAUCUGUGUCAUAUCCCAUGUCCAGUGGAGUGUGAGGUUUCUUCAUGGAGUGCUUGGGGACCUUGUACUUUUGAAAACUGUCAGGACCAGAGCUCCAAGAAAGGUUUCAAACUGAGGAAGAGGAAGGUGUUAAAUGAGCCCACAGGUGGGACGGGAAGCUGCCCUCACCUGACAGAGGCCAUACCCUGUGAGGAGCCCAGCUGCUACGACUGGCUGCUGCUGAAGCUGGAGAAAUGUAUUCCUGACAAUGACAAAGAGUGUGGACCUGGAACACAGGAGCCCCAAGUGCAGUGUGUCAACAGCGAGGGUGAUUUUGUAGACAGGCAAAUGUGUCGAGAUGCUAUCCUGCCCAUGCCUGCGCUAUGUGAAGUGCCAUGCUCAAAGGAUUGUGUUCUCAGUCCCUGGACAUCCUGGUCACUCUGCUCACACACCUGCUCUGGAAAAAACACAGAGGGCAAGCAGACAAGAUCACGCUCCAUAUUGGCCUACAACGCAGGAGAUGGUGGGGUUCAAUGCCCUAACAGCAGCGCUCUGCAGGAAGUACGCAGCUGUAACGAGCACCCCUGCACGGUGUACCACUGGCAGACGGGUAUCUGGGGUCAGUGCAUCGAGGAUACAUCUGUUCCUGCUGCCAACGGCUCGCUCACUCGCAGCGGAGCUGGAGCCACUGGCACAGAAGCCUCCUGCUCUGUGGGUAUGCAGACUCGCAAGGUCAUCUGUGUACGCGUCAAUGUGGGCCAAGUACCUCCCAAGAAGUGUCCUGAGAGUCUGCGUCCGGAGACAGUGAGACCAUGUCUACUGCCAUGCAAAAGAGACUGCAUUGUUACUCCAUACAGUGACUGGAGCCCUUGUCCAUCAACCUGUCAUGGAGGUGGCACUACUAAAAGGAAGCAGUUCAGGAAACGGAUAAUCAUUCAGCUGCCAGCAAAUGGGGGCCAAGACUGCCCAGAAGUGCUUUACCAAGAAAAGGAGUGUGAGGCGCCAUCUGCCUGCCCUGGCUUCAGGUGGAAAACGCAUAAAUGGCGGCGAUGUCAGUUGGUGCCAUGGUCUGUUAGACAGGACAGCCCUGGAGCUCAGGAGAUGUGUGGACCAGGACUGCAAGCCAGAGCUGUGUCCUGCAAGAAGCAGGAUGGUGGACAGGUGGACAUUUUGGCCUGUCUGAAACUGGCUGGUCCCAUGCCCUCCCUCACUCAGGCCUGCCAGCUCCCAUGCCAAGAUGACUGCCAGUUGACUGCAUGGUCUAAGUUCUCAUCCUGUGCAGCUGAUUGUGUGGGGGCGAGGACUCGUAGGAGGGCACUUGUAGGGAAAAGUAAGAAGCGAGACCACUGUAAGAACACUCAGGUGUAUCCACUAAGUGAGACCCAGUACUGCCCCUGCAAUAAGUACAAUGCGCAGCCAGUGGGCAACUGGUCCGACUGCAUCUUGCCUGAGGGAGGCAGAGUGGAAGGCAUCCUGGGCAUGAAGGUUCAAGGCGAUAUUAAGGAGUGUGGCCAGGGCUAUCGCUACCAAGCCAUGGUGUGCUAUGACCAGGAUAACCGCCUUGUGGAGACUUCCAGGUGCAACAGUCAUGGAUAUAUUGAAGAAGCAUGUAUUAUUCCAUGUCCAUCUGACUGUAAACUCAGCGAAUGGUCAAACUGGUCACGCUGCAGCAAGUCGUGUGGAAGCGGGGUCAAAGUGCGCUCCAAAUGGCUCAGAGAGAAGCCCUACAAUGGUGGAAGACCAUGCCCCAAACUUGACCAUGUUAAUCAGGCUCAGGUCUAUGAGGUUGUACCAUGUCAUAGUGAUUGCGGUCAGUAUGUUUGGGUAGCUGAACCUUGGAGUGUCUGGAAAGUCAGCAACGUUGACUUGAAGGAGAACUGUGGAGAGGGAGUGCAGACCAGAAAAGUUAGGUGUAUGCAGAAUACAAUUGAUGGGCCUUCAGAUCCAGUGGAGGAUUAUCUUUGUGACCCAGAGGAGAUGCCUCUUGGAGCCAGAGAGAGCAAGCUUCCUUGUCCAGAGGACUGUGUCCUUUCCGAUUGGAGCACCUGGAGUCGCUGCCCACUGCCAUGCAAUGUGAAUAAAACUCGUGAAAGGAGUGCCAGCCCCAUCCGUCAUCCUGGUGAAUCAAACCAAUGUCCUCCUACAACCGAGAAAGAGCCUUGCACACUCAAUACCAACUGCUUCCACUACUCGUACAACAUCACAGACUGGAGUACAUGCCAGCUAAGUGAGCGAGCUGUGUGUGGGAGUGGCAUCAAAACACGUAUGCUGGACUGUGUGCGCAGUGAUGGCAAAUCUGUAGACCUUAAAUUCUGUGAAGAGCUUAAUCUUGAUAAGAAGUGGCAGAUGAAUGCAUCUUGUGUAGUUGAGUGUCCCAUCAAUUGCCAGAUGUCUGAUUGGUCUUCCUGGUCUGAGUGCUCUCAUACAUGUGGCCUUGCAGGAAAGUUAUGGAGGCAGAGGACUGUGAUCCAGGCAUCUCAGGGUGAUGGGCGUCCUUGUCCCUCUCAGAUGGAGCAGUGGAAACCGUGUCCUGUUAAACCUUGCUACAGCUGGAGAUACAGCGCCUGGUCUCCAUGUAAAGUAGAGGGCGCUCGGUGUGGAGAGGGCCUUCGCUUCAGAGACGUGUCGUGCUUCGUGACUGACAAUGCUGGGGGUAAUGGUGGGAGUUUGGUGGAUGAGGAACUAUGUGGAGAUCUGGAGCAAACCGUAGAUGGAGACACACAGAUCAUUUUAGAGGAGGCUUGCACAUUGCCAUGCCCAGGUGAGUGUUAUUUGACAGACUGGACGGUGUGGAGUUCAUGUCAGCAAAGCUGCGUAGGUGGAGACGAUCUCGGCCUCGGCUCGGUACAGGUCCGGUCUCGAGCUGCGCUUGCUGAAGAACCAGAGAACCUGGAACAGUGUCCAGAACAAGAGUGGGAGAGCCAACCAUGCACAGACGGUCGAUGCUUUGAGUAUAAAUGGAUGACUGGUCCAUGGCGAGGAUCUUCUCGCCCAGUGUGGUGUCAACGCUCAGACGGCUUAAAUGUCACAGGUGGAUGCUUGGUAACAAGCGAACCCGUGUCUGACAGGUCAUGUGUCCCAGCCUGCGACAAAUACCGCUCAUUCUGCACUGAGGCUGGAGUGUGUGGGUGCGAGGAGGGCUACACUGAAGUGAUGACAUCGGAUGGAGUGUUGGACCAGUGCACCUUGAUACCUGUGCUGGAAAUUCCCACUGGAGGUGACAGUAAAACUGAUGUGAAGACCAUCAGGGCCAUGAGCCCUACGCAGGGCAGCGCCAACCUGCCUGGCCGUUCUGGACGAACAUGGUACCUGCAGCCAUUCGGACCAGAUGGCACGCUAAAGGUCUGGGUGUACGGCGUAGCCGCUGGAGCUUUCGUACUGCUGGUCUUCAUCAUCUCCAUGUCUUACUUAGCCUGCAAAAAGCCAAAGAAGCCCCAGAGAAGACAGAUGAACAACAGACUGAAGCCCCUGACGCUGGCUUACGACGGCGACGCUGACAUGUAGCCUCCCGCGAACACCCCCCCCUUCCCCUCCAGCUCCACAGCUGCCUACUUACAGACUUUUAUGGAUUACGCAUCUCCUUUUUUCUAUGAUAUUGCAGAACCUCAGACUGAAACCCCUCUUUGAAAUUUAGCCCAGGUUUGUUCCCGGUAUCUGUUUUUUACGUUUCAAAUUUUCACUGGAGCCUUUCACGAACACGCAUCUUCUUAUGGAAGGUCUGCCUUCGCCUUUGUGUCGUCCUGUAACACGGACUCGUCUUGGGGGAAAGGAAAGCUGUUGGAGAGGGCGCUUCUGAACCGAAGGGUUUUUUGUUGAGAAAGCACAAUGAUAAACGUUUCUUCCUCAGGCUGCGUUGUCUGGAUUCCUCAAAUAAUUGAUCUCACAAUAUUCUGUCUUUACACUUUUUCAAUAUCGUGGCAUGGGAUUCUAGGUCUGUACUCUGGUUUUCAGGCCUUCUAGCGCCCCCUACACAAAUCCUGGCCUGUUUUUUCUCCCCCUUCUCCCUAUUCAGGUCCUGUUUUGCACUAUAUUAGUGCAGCAUGAUUACUUAGAACCUUGCCAUAGAAAACUGCCUCUCUCGAUACAAAUACAAUGUACAGUCUUGUGCUAGCCGUGUAAAAAUUAGCCCUUUUUUGCAGAAUGAACUCUGUCUAACUCUUGUUUGUGAUAAGACGGGAUACAAAUGUUAAAAAAAAAGAAAAAAAGAAAUGUGGUUGCCAUUACCCCGUUGUACAGUUGCAGUCUUGUUCUUUUUCCUGACUCUGCAUCAUAUAAUAGGAUUUUUCUUCUUCGUUUAGUUCAGUAAACAGUUUUUGUUGCGACAGGUUUUGCUUGUCUGUUUAAAGGGCUCCGUUAUCACAAUCUGGAGGCUUUCAAAUGUUUUUCAAGAAAGGUCAUGUGAGUUAAAUAUUUUAUGUAAAGUGCUCAUGGGAGUGUUACUUAAUCAAACCUAUUCUUGAGGUAAGGCAACCAAUGAAAUAAGAGAUUAAGUCACUGGAAGUGAGUAGGACAUGAUCUUUUAUAAUAUGUCUUUAACUAAAAACUGAAAACGGCCCGAGCAGGAGUACUCCUACAGGCUAAGCAAUGCAUGAUCUUAUUAUUUAAUGUUUACAUGCUUUAUGAAUGAACAAAGUUAAUGUUAAUUUAUAAACUUACCAUUCUUAGAUUUCAGUAAUUUUGCAUAGAUAUUGCUGUGUUUAUAUUUCACUUAAUUUGAUCAUUAAGUGCUAUCGGCACAUUGCAGACUUUUUUUUUUUUACUUUUUCUAGAAGCAGCUAGCUAAAAUCGAUCAAUGAUCUACUGCCCUAACAUCUGCCCAUAUCUCAAAAAAGCCAGAGCCACAGUACUCAAACCUAAAAGAACUUUUUUCCUCACUGUGUUAAGAUCAUUAAAGAAUUAAAACCCCCCACACAAUCUGUUUGUGACAGAUUCUUAGUCUUGAUUAGCCAUAUCCUUUAAUAAUGUUUUUAUAAGGACAUUUUCUUAUAACUGAGACAUAAUAAACACCACAAGUGGCCACGUGCAACACGCAGGGAUUACAUAUGAAGCGCUUGUCCUACUGAACUUUGUCAGGGACCCUGUGAGAUAGCUAGUAAGAUAAAGUAUUGAGUUACAUAUAAGACUUCUAACAUAAUUUGGAUGUACAGUAGUGAAUCAGAUUCUAUAAAUUUGAAAAGUUUGGGCUGUUUCCAUUUCCAAGCAGUUUGACAUAUUAUUUGUU